UUUCCAAUGAGAGGGCAGCACCAGCUAACAACGUGAAAGGACAGGUGUUACUAAGUAGUAUUUAUACAGCAGUGAAUAUUAAAAUACACUUCAGAGUGUUAUACCUGUGUGCAGGAGCAGCUUGAAAGGUAACAAAGGGCAGAGAAAGAGAGUGAGAGCAAUAAGAAAAAUAGCACCAAGAUUGAGGGAAAGAAACUUUGAGUGCUUGCCAGAAAGUUUUUUAUUUUGUUUGUCUUGAGUGUGUUGGUGGCACUGUAGCAUGUUUAGGAAACCUGCUCUCUCCACAAUCUCUAAUGGAAGCUCUUUUCAGGGGCAAUCGAUUGGCAGGUUGCCCUCUCUGGACAGUAAAGAGCCAGCUCAAGAAGAAAAAGUGGUGCUGAAGAAGAAAGUAACUUUUUUGAGAGGGGUUUCCAUUAUAAUUGGCACUAUCAUUGGAGCAGGAAUCUUCAUCUCUCCCAAAGGGAUCCUACAGAACACAGGAAGUGUGGGAAUGUCCUUGAUUCUCUGGACAGUGUGUGGUAUCCUCUCACUGUUUGGUGCACUGUGCUAUGCUGAACUGGGAACAUGUAUCAAGAAAUCCGGUGGCCACUACACUUACAUCCUGGAGGCGUUUGGCCCAUUACCGGCUUUUGUUAGAGUCUGGGUGGAACUGCUUAUAAUACGCCCUGCUGCCACAGCAGUGAUAUCCUUGGCAUUUGGACGCUAUAUUUUGGAACCAUUUUUUAUCCAAUGUGAAAUUCCAGACCUAGCAAUUAAGCUUAUUACAGCUGUUGGCAUCACAGUGGUAAUGGUCCUGAAUAGCAUGAGUGUCAGUUGGAGUGCUCGCAUCCAGAUUUUCCUUACCUUUUGCAAGCUCGUAGCAAUUUUGAUAAUUAUAGUCCCUGGAGUUAUGCAGCUAAUUAAAGGAGAAACACAGCACUUUAAAGAUGCAUUUGCAGGGAAUGAUGCCAGUGUUAUGGGAUUACCUCUCGCUUUUUAUUCAGGAAUGUAUGCCUAUUCAGGCUGGUUUUACCUCAAUUUUGUAACUGAAGAAGUGGAAAAUCCUGAGAAAAACAUACCGCUCGCAAUAUGUGUUUCAAUGGUUAUUGUCACAGUUGGCUAUGUGUUAACAAAUGUGGCUUAUUUCACUACAAUCAGCCCUGAGGAACUGCUAAAUUCAAAGGCCGUGGCAGUGACCUUUGCUGAACGAUUAAUGGGAAAUUUUUCAUUAGCCGUUCCAAUAUUUGUCGCCCUUUCCUGCUUUGGCUCUAUGAAUGGUGGUAUCUUUGCAGUUUCCAGGAUGUUCUACGUUGCAUCCCGUGAGGGUCACCUUCCAGAAAUUCUCUCCAUGAUUCAUGUCCGCAAGCACACUCCUCUGCCAGCUGUCAUUGUUUUGCACCCUCUAACAAUGAUAAUGCUCUUCACUGGGGAUCUGUACAGCCUUCUGAACUUCCUCAGUUUUGCCAGGUGGCUUUUUAUUGGACUGGUAGUUAUUGGGCUGAUUUAUCUCAGAUAUAAACGUCCUGAUAUGCCUCGUCCAUUCAAGGUGCCGCUAUUUAUUCCAGCUUUGUUUUCCUUCACUUGCCUCUUCAUGGUUGCACUGUCACUUUACUCUGAUCCUGUCAAUACAGGAAUAGGCUUUGCAAUAACCCUGACUGGUGUCCCCGCCUACUACCUCUUUAUCAUAUGGGACAAGAAGCCAAGAUGGUUCAGAAGGCUCUUAGACAGGGUAACUGAAACAUUGCAAAUCAUCCUGGAAGUUGUCCCAACAGAAGAUGGCUUGAAAUCGUGAUCACUUACAUCCUUAAGAAGAGGUGUUGCCUGAGUGUCCCAUUUCAGCUUGGGUCAUUGGGGUGGGGAAGUUUUCCCCCCUCCCUGGAAGUUCAGAGAAUUACAAGAGCAAGUCACAGUUACAAUGAAGCCUGAAAAAGACUAGGUUACUAGAGCUGUAAUUUUUUUUUUUUUUUUACAUUCUCAAACUUUUGUACAAAGAGUUGGUAUGUAGAAAGUACAUCUGCUCUGUGCUGUAAAAUAACAGAAGCCACAGAGCAUCUCAUCUCUCUGGGAGAGUGGGGACAAGUAGAAAAAAAUGAAAAAUCUCAUUAAUAUUUCCCUUUUAUAAUAUUAUUUUUUAGCAAACCUUAGGUUCUUCAAAUUGGGGAUUUUACUGCAUUGCCAAUGACCAUUUGUUCCAGAAAUGUUUUUGUAAUCAGAUAUACUGUGAACAGUGUAUCCUGCACCCUGCUCAUGAAGAACCUAGCCUUCACUGGAGAGAAGGGUAAGGGAAAGCUCCUUAGCUAAAAGGUUGGGUCAGCAUUGUUCUUCCUCUCCCUCCAUUCUUCAUCAAUAUCUUAUUUCUCUUGUCUCAACUGAAACAGCACAUCAGUUCCCCACAUACACAAACAGGGUGAUUUCACCCACUUUUGUGAUGGCCUAGUAGGAUUGCUAAAUUUCCUGUGUUUUUUUCAAUAGAGUAAUUGAAAAUCGAUUCUGAUAUUUAAUAUUAAUUUUCUGCUAAAGGGGAGGCAAAUUUUAGGUUUGAGGCAUAAUUUGAUGCUUUUCAAAAGUUUAUACCAGUCUGAAAGUUAUCACUGGUUCUUAAACACAUACCAAGUUCUUAGGCCUUGAAAUCUCAGCAAAUGAUGUUCUCAUACAAAACCUACUUCCUGGUUCCCAGUUUCAAUUGAAACUAGAAAUUAGGGAGGAAAUUGGGUUGAAAAAAUU